CCGUGAGUUCAGACGCGGUGGAAGCUGAUGUCAGUGCGCUUCUGAGUUCUUUUCCCCUGUGUUAAUUUACACCUGCGCAAAUAUGAAAACCAUCAUCGCGGUACUUGUCUUAGCCUUCUCCGCAUUGGCGUUGGCAAAAACAAAACCUUCUGGUACCAUGGUUCCAGCUCAAAACACCGCCACCACAGCAGAAUCCAAAUCUACAAACACCACCACAGCCGAACCCAUCACAACCAAACCUACAACCAAUCCUACAACCAAACCUACAACCAAACCUACAACCAAACCUACCACAGCCAAAACUACAGCCAAACCUACCACAGCCAAACCUACCACAGCCAAACCCGCCACAACUACGCAAUCAACCACAACCUUACAACCAACCACGACGCAGCCCCCAAAGACCACCAACAGCACAGUGGGUAACUACACCUUGGACAAUGGCAAGCAUCGCUGCCUUAUGGCUCAGAUGGAGUUGAGGAUUCGACUGGUUUCUCAACAGGCCAAUGGGACAUUCCUCCUGCUCCCAAAUAAGACCCGUACAGCAGGAGACUGUAAUGACAACCAUGCCACCCUAUUGCUGAUUUCUAAGGAAUUAAACAUAAGUUUGUCCUACUCAAAGAAUGUCACUGAGAAGAAAUCCUUUGUGAAGGAGUUGUCUUUCAAUUUGACCUACGAUUUCAGCAAAGAAAUAGGUAAUGGAGUUCAAACUUACACAGCGGAAAACAAGUCCAUUCACAUCUUUGCGGCCACAAUCGGGAAGUCCUACUCAUGCAGAAAGGAGUCAAUUUACGUGGGCAAAGGACUAUACCUCGACAUUGAUCACGAUCGGAUGCAGGCUUUCAAUUUCACCAAUAGCAAUGAUUUUGGCACAACGGACCCUUGCCCAGCUGACCAAAACAACUACCGUGUGGCUAUCGCUGUGGGGAUAACGCUGCUAGUGCUGGUCGUGGUUGUGGUCAUUGCUUACCUUAUGGCUCGGAAGAAGAGAACUGACGGAUAUCAGUCCCUGUAAGAGGGAUCAGCAGAGAUCAUCCAAACCCAGGACCUGUGAGACUGUUACCUCUCGGGGCUCUAAGUGCACUUCAAAACCUUGUCUUUAUGACAGAUAUGAAACACUAUAUCGUUUAGUGUUUCUUGCGUCAUUUGGGAUUUUCAUUUUUUAUUUUUUCAGGGUUUUACAAGUGGGCAAUGCCAACUAAAUGCAAAGGGAUGUUUUUUUAAGCCUAAUCACACAGGAACAUAAAAGGAAUUUGAUUUUUAAACUAUUUUAUUUUGGUACAUAGCCAUACUGAUAACUGUGCUUCAUUUUACUCAUGAUUCUAAGAGAAAUUAAUUGUAGGAAUUUGAAAUGUUACUGUCAAAAGAAGGGAAUCGUUUCAAAGAAACAUGUAACAUGUAAUAUAUUUUAUGAGUUUUGUCAGAUUAAUAGAAUAUGCACUGAUUUUGUUACUAUCAAACUGACUUUAAACUUCUGCCAAUAUCAUGGAUAAAGAAUAUUGUUUAAAAAUAUAGGCUACUUGCUCCUUGCACUUGAAGUUUUGAACUGACACUUCCUUUUCAUCUAAUGUAAAAAAAUGCAUCCUUCUGACAACUAUUUCUGAUUGCAUGGAUAUUUCUCAGGAAGUUUUAGCCACCCUAGAACAUAAGGACUACGGCUUCAUUUAUGUCCAGUAGGUGUCACCAGAACAUACAUUAUGAAUUUAUAGGAGCGUGCUGGGCUGAAUAGUGCUUUAUCUUCCCCGUGGUGCCAAUAAACAUAUUUCCCAAUGUUUAACGUCAUU